AUGGAAAUAUUUUACUAAAUAGCUAAAGUAAAAUUAUUAACCAAAAGAACAAUCAUAUUUUUCAGACCAGAAUUAUUAACAAAACUAUAACUAAAAUUAAUAAAUGAUCCGACAAGUAAUUAUUCAUAUAAAAUCAACAAAAAAUAUAAUAAUGAAUACAGUGAAGGGUUUGAUUUAGUUAAACAAAAAGAAUUCAAAAAAUUUAAAAAUAUAAUAACAUAUAAACAAUAUAGAUUUUUAAAAAAGAAAUUUUAAUAAAAAUUAAAAUUCUUAUUAUACAUUAAAUAGCAUAUUUCCAAUUAAAUAAUAUAUAAACAAUUGAAUAGGUUUUUAAAGUAUUUACCAAUAUUUAAUUCUUUAUAAUCUUAAUAUAUUUUUUGGGAAUUAAUAAUAUUUAUAUUUGCUAAUAUAAAUUUUGUUUUUUUGCCUUUAAUGUAUUGUUUUAAAAUUUAAAAAACUUUUUUAAUUAAUAUUUUUAUUUAAUGGUUAUGUCCUAUUGUCUUUGGAAUAGAUAUAUUUAUUAGAGCGAAUACUUAAUAUUACGAAAAAGGAAGUUUGAUUGAAAAGCAUUCAAAUUUUUUCAAAAAAUAUUUAAAAGGAAGGUUCGUUUUUGAUAUUAUUAGUGUUUUAUCUUUAAACUAUACUUUUUUUGGAUUUUAGGGUUCUUAUUUAUUAUUUUUCUUAAGAUUUUUAUAUUCUUAUAAAAUUAUUGAUAUUGUGAAAGAAUAUUUUCUAUUAAGAGUUCACAUUUCAGGUAUAAUUUCUCUUAUUAUUCUUUUUGCUUAAGUACUUUAUAUAUGUCAUAUAUUUUCUUGUGUAUGGUAUACUAUAGGUAAAUAUUAAAUGGAGUAUAAUUAAGGUUGGCUAAUAUAUUAUAAACUAUAAGAAUAAACAAAACUGGACUUAUAUUUGCAAUGCUUCUAUUUCUCUGUUAUUACAAUGUCAACUACUGGUUAUGGGGAUAUUGCUGCCUAAUCAAGUUUGGAAAGAUUUAUUUUGAUAAUUUUCGCAAUAAUCUCAUCAGGAUAAGUUGGAUAUACAAUAAACUCUAUAGGGAAUAUACUAUAUGACUUUAAAUUAAAAAAUGAUUAGUUUUUACAAUAAUUGGCAUAGAUGAAUAAAUAUUUUAAAUACUUUAAUGUAGACAUAAGUCUUUAAGAUCGUGCAAGAAAAUAUAUUGAAUAUUUAUAUAGCGAUACAACUAUAGAUAAUAAUAUUUCUGAUUAAUCUUUAUAGUAGUUAUCUGUUUAUCUGUAGCAAGAAAUAAAAAGAGAUGUUUAUUUGAAAAUUAUUAAUAAAAUAAAAAUCUUCAAAAAUUAUUUUUCGUCUGAGUUUUUAAAAGCUUUAACUUGCAAAAUGAAGGAGAUUGUUUAUUCACCAGACGAAAUUAUUAUUGAGGAAAGAAAGAAAAAAGAACCUUGUAUAUAUUAUAUUAACUAAGGAAAUUUAGAAAUGUAUUAGUAAAAAGAUAAUUUAAUUCCAAGAGAAAUUACAAAAUUAUAAGAUGGAGAUAGCUUUGGAUUUGAAAAUUUCUUCCAAGAAUCUUAUGAUAUAUAAAUAAAUAUAAAAAGUAAGGGAAUUUCAAGUAUUAUAUGUCUAACAUUAACUGACUUUUAAGAAGUUCUUUCCAAAUUCGAAGAUUAAAGAGAAAUAUAUUCAUUUAUUAAGGAUUAAGUCAGAUACUGUAAUAGAUUUGAUAAAAUUUCAAUUAAAUGUUUUUCUUGUGGAAUGUUUAAUCAUACAGUAAGUAAAUGCCCUUAUCUAUUUUACGGACAGCAAAAAUAGCUUAUUAUUGAUAAAUAUUUAUUUAGUUUAAAAAAUAAUAGAGGAAUUAUUAAAAGAAGUAGAAAAAGGAUAAAAAUAAAUGCUCUAUAAUUUUAAAAUUAUUUGGAAGAAAAAUUUAAAGAAUUUAAUUUAAAUAACUAAGAUAUUAUUCAUUAAAAAUGUAUAGAAAAAUCCGACACUUCUUUUACUUCUUCUUUUUCUUCUUCUAAUUCUUUAGUUUCUGAAGAGUUUUUAGAAAGUAAGGAAUAGAAUAAUACAAGUGAUUCUGAUACACAAAGCCCUAAAAAUAAAGAGGAUAUUUAAAGUGUUAAAAGAAAUUCUUUGAAAAUGAUAAUAAAAGAGCCAUAACAAGAUAUAAAGAAGGGUUUUUAAAAAAAUUAGAAAAGCAAUUAAGAAAUCAAUAAAAAAUAAAAUAAUAAAAACAUAAAAUACUAUACAAAAACUUUAUUUAAAGAAUUAAUAGAUUUUGAUUAAAUUCAAGAAAAUAAUUAUGAAGAUUAAGAUUUCUGUAAAAUUAAAAAAUUCCAAUUUAAAAACAUCUAAAAUAAAUUUAAAAAAUUCAAAGAAAUAAUAAAAAGCAAGAAAAAUAAAAAAGUUUAAGAUUUAUAGAAUAUUUUCAAUGCUUAUAUUACUCAAUAAUAAAAUAAUAAUGCUUUUUAAAAUAAAAGUACAAAUAACAAUAAUGAUAAUAAUGAACUUUAAUUCUCAAAAUAAAAAUAAAUAAAUAAGUAAUUCUUUAAUUUUAAGUCUAUAGUAAAUUAAUAAAAUAUUAACUCAAUUUUCUAAAAAAAAAAAAUUACUAAACUUUUAUAAAGCUAAUCUACUUUAAAUAAAGAACAAUUUUAAAUUAAACCGGAUUUUAUUAAAGUUAUAAAAAUGAGAAAAACUAAAGAAUAAAUUUAUGAUGUCGAAGACUUUGAUUAAUUAAAAUAUUUUCAUAUUUAUUUUCCUGAACAUAAUUUCAAUAAAAUAAUCAGACAAUAUAAUUAUGUAAAUUAGAUAAACAUUGAAAAAAUACAGAAAUAAGAAAUUGUUUAAAGUUAAGAAAUUUUGAGGGCAACUUCUAGAAAAUCUAAAAAUUCUAAAAAGGGUUAAUCAUUAUUUUCUAAAUGA